AUGGAAAAUUUAAAAUCUGCAUCUGCAGCUGGUCUUGGCAGUUCUGUUGAAUGGUUUCCUCCAAGAGAGCCAGGCUAUCGUUUUGCUGCACAUCUCGAUCUAUACGGGCCAGCUGCCUUUGUUCACGAUCCGCCUUCUCCUCCUAGAGAAGUAAAGCCUCGCGUUUCGUAUGGAGGUGGCUUUCAAAUGCCAAGAAAAGAAGCUUCAAGUCCUGGGCAUCUUCAACAGUCUCCAAGAACUGCUUCCCAAAGUAACUUAUAAUCAGUUUCUGCAAGAUAUUCUUCACAAAUUGAAAAUCAGCCUUCAAUUAGCAAUUUCGAACAAGAACUAAUGAAAUUGAAAAUGGAAUCACAAUAUUUGAGCAAUCAAUGGUUUAGCAAGCCAAUUGAUCCAAGUAUUUUGCACGUUGACCCAAUUACUCAUUCACAUAAAUCAUAUUAUAAAGCUGCUGAUGCUACUAAUUUAUCAUUAGAGGAACUAGAAUUGAUGAAAGAAAGUCAAACCAAAAAAUUAAUUGAUUUAGAAACUGAAUAUUACCGAACCAAACAAACUUCUUCAUUUCAACAUCCUAGUCAAUCAUCAGGCAUCAAUUUUUCAUACUCAAGGUCAAGUCCAAAAGCUUCUUAUGACUAUUUUACACCUAACUCCCCCCCCAUCCUUGAUCGAACGACUCGCCAUCGUUCGAUCAAGGAUGGGGGUUAAAAAAAAUUUUUUUUGGGGAAAACAAAAUUGUAUAUAAAAUAAAAAAAUAUAUAUAUAUUUUUUUUUAUUUACUUUUAAAUAAGAGGGUUAAGAGUAUUUAAUAAUUAUUUUUACAACAACAAAAAAAUUGAUUUAAUUUUCAUAAAAAUAUCAUUUUUAAUAUUUUGAUUUAUUAGUUAAUCCUUUAAACUGUAUAAAUUUUAAUUUUGUUACUUAUUAAAUUAAAUUUUUUUUUUUUAAAUUUUUUAAAGAAUCUCUCUUUUAUUAGAUUAUUGAGUUUUUAAGCCUAGGUUGAUAACUAAAUCACUUCAGAUGGUUGAUUCCAAAGCUUUCUGUCGUCUCAAAGUCUCUGAAAACAACUUCAUUAGGUGUAUCUUCCCAAACUUUUGAAAACUAAUAUAUUUUUAUAUAAAAAUUUGCAUAUGAAAAUCGUUCGAUCAAGGAUGGGGUUAAUUUUCCCAAUUUUUAGGAAUUUUUACAGUCAAUCGUUCGAUCAAGGAUGGGGGGGAGUAAAGGAAAACCGACAUCUCAAAGUGUCAGACUUUCACCUACAAGGGAACAAUAUGAAGCAAAAUAUGAAAGAUAUUUGCAAGGGAAAGCUAUGAAUAAGAAAAACAAAGAUAUUAGAGGGAAACCAAAAAUAAAUAGCAAAGAGAUAAAGAAAGGACAAACUAGUGACAGGGAAUUUGAGAUGGUGACUUUCUUAAGAUGAAUGUUUAAAAAACUUGAUAAAGAUGGCUCAGGAAGUGUGGAUACUGUAGAGCUGAUGCAAGAGUUCCACGCUAACCCAGAGAUAGCUGAAAUGUUUGGGUUGAGAGAACAAGCGGAACAUCCACAGUAUAUGGAAAGGUUUAAAGAUGUCUUUGAUUCAAUUGGACUUGGAAAUAAGCAUGAAUUCACACUUGAUGAUUUUUUGGAAUUUUUCAGAAAACGACAAGAAAAGCCGACAGUUAAAAAAACGCCAAUAAAAAGGCCAAAAUCACCUAAGAAAAACAUAGAAACUGCUGAGCCUCCAGCAGAUCCUGUGUGCUUAUUAACUAACAAACAAAUGCAAAUUCUUGAAGAAGUAUUUUUUAAUAGAGACGAGUAUGAAGAUAAAGUCUUAAAGCGAUACGACUUUAUUGAUGCUUUAAAACAAGACGAAAGAGUCAUAAAAAUUCUUCAUGUGGAUGCUAUAAAGCUUGGCCCUUUUCAAACCUUAAACUUAGAAACUAUGCUGAAUUUCAUAGAAAAUGAUGGAGAUGGGCCUGAAGAAUUUAUAACCUGAAACCAAUUUUUAGAGUAUUUUUUUACCAAACCUCAAAUGGCAGCUUCAGAUACUGGAAUUACCGACCCUCGGCUAGAUGAUAUUGACAUUCCUCCUAGAUAUGUUUCUAUGAUAAAAGAAUUUUUCGACCAGUUGCCUACAAAAGGAAGAAAUAAAGUGUCUACUUAUGAAUUUAUCAGUGGAGCGAGAAAAGAGAUUAUAAUUAAGCCUUAUAAAUAAAUUUUAGGUCUUUCUAUAAGUCAAAAGUUAAUAUAGCAAAUCUAUGGACAAAAAUAAAAUUAUUUAAUUGCAUACAGAUUAUAAAAUUAAAGGGUUUUUGUCCAUGACUGCCAGAGAGCCUGACGGGUUAUCCUUGAUUCCACCUGAAUCAGUUAAUGAUGUCUUAACAAGGAUGGAAAGGGAUGCAGGAGCUUUGGUAUCUUGGACUGAUAUUUUAGGCUAUUUCAGCAAGCGUGGUAUCCCUAAACUUAUCAUUGAUGAUGAUAAUCCUAAUAAGCCAAUCGAAAAAGAGAAAUUUGCAAAACUAACAAUGCCUAAAACCAAAGUUCAAGAAAUUGCUGCUCAAACUGACGAAAUUCCUGAAAAUAAAUCAAAAACUGAUAUAAAAAGAAAACACACUAGGAGUUUGUCUCCACAGCCUAAAGAGUUUAAUAGAACUUUUAAUGAUAUUGACGAUUUCAGAGAGAGCAGAAUUUAUCAAAAAGAUUACCCAGUCCGCAGCAGCUCAGUUGGAAAAUUUGGUGUUACAGUUCCAGAGCCAUUUGGUUUUGAAACCAGAGAAUUAACUAAAGAAAAAUCGAUACGCCAAAGAAGAUUUGAAGAAUAUAUAAAUGAAAUUCGCCUGGAGGAAGAAAGACAUUUAAACAUGAAAUAUAAAGCAAACCCAAUACCUUCAGACGUCAUAAUACCAAAAUAUGACAGUAUUCUUGCUGCACAGGAAGCCCGAAGAAUUGAGGUGAAGAGGACUUCUAUGGAAACGACCAAAGCAAAUGAAAAACCUUUUAGCUUUUAUGUAAGAGAUAAAGAAAAGAAAAAACCAGAGCCAGUCGAGAUGAAAAAAGAGACUUUUAAAGCAAAUCCUGUGCCUUGGCAUUGCAAAGUGUCGAUCUAUGAUCAAAUGAGAAACCAAGAUAAGGCGGCCAGAGAAGAAAGAAUCGCUAGAGCAGCUCAAGAGUCUCUUAGAAAAUCCUCUCUUCCGCCUAGGAUGGAAAUGCAUGAAAAAGCUAGGUCUCAGCAAAUCAUUACCCCAAAAACUGAAAAUUUUGAGUCUUUCAAAGCUAAAGACCCUCCAAAUUUCACAAAACUCCAAGCAAAAUUCCAAAAGACAUUAGAUAUGAAUAAAAAUGCAAAACUACCUACACAAGUAAUGCCUUUUAAUUUCGAUAAACGAGAAGGCUUAACAGCUACACAAGAGGACCAAAUGAAAAGAGAAAAGCUUAAAACGAUUCACCCUGAAGUUUUAGAUGAAAUAGAUGGGGCAAAUUUUAAAUGGGGAAAUAUGGACAAAAAAGAUAUAAAUAGCUCUACUGGUGUGCUAAAAAAACCAUAAUUAAAAUAUGGCGUCUUCGUCUGGGCAUGGCCUCCCGGCCAUGCAGCCUCGACACAUAUUUUAAUUAUAUCCAGCAAGGUUUUAACAAUCCCAGAAAUGGACAGCAAUGCUAGGUAAGCAAUUCUGGUAAUGUACAGAGCCUAGCCCUCAGUCCAAUUUCAGGGUUGGGUUUUACCUCGAGGGAAAGGGGCUAGGGUUUGGAUUUGGAAAGGGCAAGCCCAGCUAAGUCUGCUGAUAAUACUCAGACCAAUCGGACAACUGCCUAGCGUGAAACCGGGCGUUACGUCCCGGGAUCCAGACUUUUCCUUUUUGCCGAGAGGUCGAACAGAAAUUCCAGUUUUUGGAAUUUUUGGUUGGCCAACCUCGUGACUCAUGCAGCAGCCGCAAAAGUCCAUAGUCCGCCCACUCAACACUGGACCAGAAAGGGAAGGAGGAGGCGUCCGAAGCAGAAUCCCACACUUCAGAGGUGCCAUGGCAUCAGGCGCUGAAGGAGAAGAAAGAGGGUGUCAGAGCGAAACACUUGCCUGGCGAAUCAUUGUCCCAAUUCGAACAAGGCAAAGCUGAAGACGGCGCAAAGCGGAUGAACCACCCAUACGGAUAGGUCCUUGGUGACUGCGUAACCCAAUAUAGCAGACGCCUCCCUGUAAUAAUGUUAAUGUUAAUGGUGUGCUAAAAAAGCCGAAAGUAGAGCCUUCAAUUACCGAGAAAGUCAGAGAUAUGAUUUCUCUAACUCUCUAUUUUUAUAAUGAGAGUUUUUCAUAAAUUUAAUCGGUUUAAUAAAGAGCAAAAAGGAUAUACUGUUUAAUUAAAAUCUAUGUUAUUCGCAAUAUAUAGAUAAUAAACUUUUUGCUAUUAGAUGGGGAGUAAGAAAGAAAAAAAUCGAAGAAAGUGAAGAAAAAGUGAAAAAAUUGAAAAAAGAAGAGGAUGAAAGAAAAGCUAAGCAGGAUGCAAUUAGAUCAAGAGUGCAAAACUCUCAUGCUAUACAAGAAAAAUUAAGAAAAGAAAAAGAAGAUCGAGAUAAAAGGACAACUGAAAAAUUAGAAACAAUGAAUAAUCAGUCUGCGAUUUAUAAAGCUCAGAUAAAAGAAAUGAAUGAAAGAGUUAGCCAGAGACCUUUGCUGGUAGAAACAGUUAGUGAUAACCAAUUGAAAAAUAUUGCAAAAAUGAAAACUUUAUUGAGAGUCAAAAGGUCACUUGAAGAGUCCAAAAUUCCAAUCGCAAACUAUUUUAAUGAAGAAGAAAAAGAUUUAAUAGAAGAAGCUGAAUAUUUAGUAAAAAUCAAUAAGCUGGCGUUAUAG